AUGGAAGAAAAGGAGGUAGUCAUCCCCGCUCGGCUUACUCUUUCUCAUGUUUCCAUAAAUCCCGUUAGAAACCAAAAAUCAUUUCCACCAUUCUCUGAUCUCUCCCUCCGAAUCUCAUUCAUACCUAGCACCACCUACUCACUAAUCAUCAGAUGGGAGCUUGAUCCCAGUGGCAUCGACGAAGCUCAGAUUGUUAAGCUUGGGGAGGUUGCAGUCUCCACUGGAGAGGAGGACGAAGAUCCCAUCCUGGAUCUGAGAGCACCUACUUCUCUAUCUCUCGGAACAUCUCCAUCGUCGUUGUUUUCAAUCACUACGAGUGCUUCAACUCCGGUUGCUACUAGCAGUAGUAGUACGACUACACAAAGUUCCUUCUCUGUGUCUGGUUUAGGAGUAAGUUCUUCUUCGACGACGGGCAGUGCUUCAACAACAGCUCUUGCCAGAUCUGUUGCUUCUUCCAGCGGCAUGGGAUCUUUCACAAGUUUUGGUGUUACGAGAGCAACUGCUACUUCAUUGGGGCUUCCUGGUUUUUCAUUUAGUAAACAAUUAAUGCCUGCUUCAUCCUCACAAGCACAUUUGACAACUGUCGUGCCUCCUUUUGGUGUCUCUUCAACUUCUGCAGCUCAUACAUCAUCUCUUGUGUAUGGAGACAGCAAGAAACUCGAGGGGAGUAGGGGACUUGCUGAGAAAGCAGCUACAAAAUCCCGUGUAUAUAGGUAA